UGUUUACAUGUUUUGUCACUGGCAUGCAUGUAUGUCUAGAUAGGUUUUGAUCUGAAUCUCGACUCUUGAGUCCUCUUGGCUGUUCCCUCCGAAAAAGACGAUCUUGUCCUAUCUAACGCCCAAUCGGCAUUGAACUACAAUAUGCUUCGGACCCUGGGCUCGGGAGGUAUUCAAUGGAAAUGGCGACAAUGUCUAGGUUCUUCUCUCCGGUUGUCCUCGUGGCAGCCGCGUGUGCUUCGUGAAGUCCAAGGACUGGCGGCCACGGUUCAACCAGCCUGUUGGUUCACGUCUGUCCAGCUCUGCCAUUUCCGUCCAUUGAGUCCCUUCAGCCGCCCGUUCAGUCCGCCCGCGCUCAACUUUAUGUUCAGGGGAUUCUCCUCUGCUUCUUCGUCCGGCAACGAUGAUGGGGCCGGGGACCCCAUAUCCAGUUUAGGUGAUGACACCCCUCAGGCCUCGUCCAAUGUGCCCGCUACUCAAACCAUUCCGGAUGUUUGGCCCAAUUUGCCCGUCAUUGCCAUCAACAAGCACCCCGUGUUUCCUAAGUUUGUUAAGAUCAUCGAAGUGAGCGACUCGCAUUUAAUGAGUAUCCUCCGGCGGAAAGUCCGAUUGAACCAGCCGUAUGCGGGCGUGUUCGUCAAAAUCGAAGAUGGCAACGAGAAGGAGGUGGUCGAUUCGGUGAGUGAAUUGUUCUCGGUGGGCACGUUCGUUCAAAUCCUCGAGAUGCAAGAUUUGGGAUCGAGGUUGAGGCUAGUGGUCAUGGGGCACCGCCGGAUUUUGUUGAAUAAACCCAUUGCCGAUAUUGACGCGAAAGAUGAUAAAACCGCACCCGCUCUCACGGAAGAGGGAUCGGCACUGACGUCUGACAUCCCCAUUCCACCACCCACGCCCGUCCUUUCGGUUGGUUCUGAACCUCUACCAGAAUCGUCAGCAAUCGUGGAAGGCUUGGAGAAAGUUCUCAUGGUGGAAACUGAGAACUAUGUACAUGAUGAGUUUGAAACCUCGGACGAACUUAAAGCCCUAACUCAAGAAGUUAUCAAAACGAUUCGGGAUAUUAUCGCCUUAAACCCGUUGUACCGAGAAUCUCUUCAACAAAUGCUGCAUCUGGGUCAAAGAAUAGUGGAUAAUCCGGUCUAUUUGUCGGAUCUGGGAGCGGCUCUAACGGGGGGAGAAACCAAAGAGUUGUUGGAGGUUUUAGCGGAAAAAAAUAUUAAACAACGGCUGACCCUGGCUCUUUCUCUGUUGAAGAAAGAGUACGAAUUGAGCAAGCUGCAACAAAAAAUCGGAAAAGAGGUCGAGGACAAGGUCAAAUCGGUUCAAAGAAAAUAUUUGCUCCAAGAACAAUUAAAGGUGAUUCGAAAGGAAUUGGGAAUGGAAAAAGACGACACGGAAAGCAUUAUUGACAAGUACCAAGCAAGGAUGAAGGAAAUGACUAUUCCGAACUCCGUCAAGGAAGUCAUCGACGAAGAGAUUGGCAAGCUUCGAUUUCUCGACAGCCACUCCUCCGAAUUCAAUGUGACCCGGAAUUACUUGGAUUGGCUGACCACUAUUCCAUGGGGUAUCGCUUCCGAUGAAAAUUUAGAUCUAACCAAGGCCAAAGAUGUUCUCAAUAGAGAACAUUAUGGAUUAGAGGAUGUAAAGAAGAGAAUUUUAGAAUUCGUGGCCGUAUCCCAGUUGAAAGGAAGCACCCAAGGCAAGAUCAUCUGCUUGGCGGGACCUCCGGGAGUGGGAAAGACGAGCGUUGCCAAAUCCAUCGCCAACGCUCUAGACCGAACUUUCUUUCGCUUUAGCGUCGGGGGUUUGUCUGAUGUGGCCGAGCUCAAGGGCCAUAGACGUACCUAUGUUGGGGCCAUGCCAGGAAAGGCCGUCCAGGCACUAAAGAAGACCAAGACAGAAAACCCCUUGAUCUUGAUCGACGAAAUAGAUAAGAUGGGCAAGGGCUGGCAAGGAGAUCCUACGGCAGCUCUUUUGGAGAUGUUGGACCCGGAGCAGAACUCGUCGUUUAUGGAUCAUUACUUGGACGUUCCAAUUGACCUCUCGAAAGUUCUUUUCAUUUGCACCGCCAAUACCUUAGACACAAUUCCGGAACCUCUUCGCGAUCGCAUGGAAAUGAUAGACAUUUCUGGCUAUGUCGCUGAAGAGAAGCUAGAAAUUGCUAGAACCUAUUUAAUUCCUCAAGUGCUAGAAAUCACUGGACUUAAAGCCGAUGACAUUCAUAUCGAUGAUCAAGCCCUUACAACUCUCAUCAAGUCAUACUGCAGAGAAAGUGGGGUUAGAAACUUACGGAAGCAAUUGGAGAAAAUAUAUCGGAAAACGGCUUACAAAAUUGUCAAUGACAAACAAACCAACGUGAAUAUCACUGAAGAUAACUUGCGAGAUUUUGUGGGUAAACCCGUGUACCAACAUGAUAAAAUGUACGAGGAGACCCCUCCUGGUGUGUGCAUGGGCUUGGCGUGGACCUCGCACGGUGGCUCCACUCUUUACAUCGAAACAUUGCAACAGAAGAUGUCAAGCAACACCAAGUCAACGGACGGAAGGAUUGAAUUCACCGGUAAUCUUGGGGACGUUAUGAAGGAGAGUGUUCGCAUUGCUUACACAUUUUCCAAAGUGUUUGCCAACACAGUGGACAAGACAAGCGCUUUGCUAGCCGAUGGUUGUGUUCACCUCCAUGUGCCAGAAGGGGCCACGCCCAAAGACGGCCCAAGUGCCGGAUGCACAAUCGUUACCGCUCUCCUUUCUUUGGCCUUAGAUAAGCCCGUGAGACCAAAUCUGGCCAUGACUGGGGAGAUUUCGCUCCGAGGGAAAAUUUUGCCCGUUGGCGGCAUCAAAGAAAAAGUGAUUGCUGCUAAACGAGCGGGUGUCGACACCGUGAUUCUACCCAAUGAUAACAGGAAAGAUUUUGACGAUUUACCAGAUGUGGUCAAAUGCGAUGUGAACAUUCAUUUUGCUGACACGUAUGAAGAUGUAUUUAAGGUAGCUUUUCCCGUACAAUCUUAGCCCCCUCUUUGUCUUGGCGAACGUUUAUUAAGCAUUUUUCCAAUGUCGUUGUAUCGAAAAAUGUUAUUUGUAAAAAUACAAGGAAAACAUAUUAUAUUUA